ACCACGAAGCCAAAGCCUCAAAGUUCGGUAGUUUCUGCAUUCUUGCGGGGGUUUGAGGCUUGACAACCAUAAUGGAAGGCCAAUCUGCGAAAGAGCCACAAUCAGUCUUCGACUUCACUAUCAAGGAUGCUAAAGGAAAUGAUGUGGAUCUGAGCAUCUACAAGGGAAGGGUUCUACUAAUUGUCAAUGUUGCUUCAAAAUGUGGGAUGACCAAUUCAAACUACAUUGAGCUCAAUCAACUGUAUCAGAAAUACAAGGAGCUCGGGCUGGAGAUACUUGCAUUUCCAUGCAAUCAGUUUGGUGAAGAAGAACCAGGAAGUAAUGAUCAGAUCUUAGACUUUGUCUGUACCCGUUUCCAGUCAGAAUUCCCAAUCUUUGACAAAAUUGAAGUGAAUGGUGAAGGUGCUGCUCCACUUUAUAAGUUUCUGAAGAAAGGCCAGUGGGGGAUAUUAGGAGACGAUGUUCAGUGGAAUUUUGCAAAGUUCCUGGUGGAUAAGAAUGGGCAGGCUGUAGAUCGCUACUAUCCCACAACGUCCCCACUAACUAUCGAGCGAGAUAUAAAGAAGCUAUUCGGUGUCCUGUAGUUUCCACAAGAUACAAGGGUUUCUAAGGUCAGUCACUUUGCAACGACUGCUCCUGUAUUGCUUCUAACAUAUCACUGUAUCAUGCUAUGGUGCAGAAACUGUAAGGCCCUACAGACGGAUGAAUGUUGUAUUCCAUAGUGUGUAAAAAUUAUAGUUUAGCCAUCUAUUUAGCAUAGCUUAAAACUCAUUUCCAAAUCAAACCAAAUUGAACUUUUAUUCUCAUGUUUCAUUUUUCACUCGUGCGCAAGAGGUUCUGUAUGUAUCAUGGUGCAAUAAGUUGCAGAGGAGCUGGAGUUUAUAUGAUACACGAGUCUGAUGCCUUUAUUGUUAAACUUUACCUCUAGCUUGGCUUAGUGCAACCAUCAGCAGAAGACCAACAUGAGAUUUCAGGAAGGAUGGGGGCAUUUACGGUAAGUGUAAUCCAGUGUUGUUGAAAUGUUUCAUAGGAUGCAUAACAAAAGCAGGCUGCAAAGCUUAACUUGACCAGAGUCA